AGCGUGAGAGUAAAUUUGAUUGGCUAGGGAGGGGGGGCAUGAGCCGGAGAGAGUGCUGAGCAGGCAUUCAUGAGAUACAGUAAAGAAAAGCGUCGCUCCUCCUGCCUCUCGCUUCAGAUGCAGGAAUGGACCAGGAGAGCUGGGACUGUGUUAGUAGCACAGGGAGAGCAUGACUGGAUUGGAAUCUCUAAGGAGUGACAGCGCUGUGAAUGAAGCACGGGUCGCUCUUUCUUCCUGCCGUGGGCUUCCUCUGUGCGAAGGGAAACGGGGAGAUCAUUUAAAGGGAACUGAGCAUCUCUGGGCAAAGCAAUGUGUCCAAGAGGAGCCGGGCACGGGAGCUGCUUGCCUUUUGGAUAAUCCCUCUUGUUCUUAGCCUCCGUUCCGUGCAGCAUCCCUGGUUUUUGGUUUUUGAGAGGCAAUGUGGAGUCAAGACUUUAAAUGGCAUUUGGGAUAAAACAAAAACAAGAUCACUUUUGUCUCUCUCUCUUUCUCUCUCUCUUUUUAAAAAAAAACCAAAGCAAAACAAUUUGUUUGGGUAUAGUAUCUCUAUCUUUUGCUUUUCUUUUCUUUUUUGAUAGCAGGGGGAAGGGGGCAAUUGUGACACCAAAGGGAAUGCUUGCUGUGCAGGAGAGACUUCUCAACAAGUAAGCGCGCUGUUUCCUAACUCUUGGCUGAGCAGGCUUCUGUUAGCCAACUGGCUCCAUUGACAGCACAAUCUUUUUGGUUUUUGUUUGUUUUUUGACUUCCUUGUCAGGAUGGUAGGCAAAAGAACAGCUGGCAGAAAACAAUAGGGGGUGGGGAAACCAAAUAAAGGAAACCACCUGCAACCUGCCCCCCCCCCACUUCCAGUAAAAUAAACCUACAAAUAUCAUUGUCAGUAAUAAUUGCGGAACACUUCUGACGUCACCAUGCGCAGAUCUAGCACGGAUGAAUCAACCUAUCACAGGAGCCCUUCUUUGGACAGCAAGGAUUACAGUUUUCCAAAUGGCGCCUUCCGUCGCUAUAGCAGCAUGUAUGGCGGCCAGUUUGGGGCCGCGAGCAACUCUUUUUUUGGAUUCCAUACCAACCCAGGCCCUAAGGCCACCAAGGCUAAGUACACAUCUCCCAAGGGGAACAAGUAUGUGGUCUUUUACUUGGAUCUCUCCUUUAUUUUUCUUCUAGAACUGAAGAGGUGCAGCAUGGCUCACAACUGCCUGCAGUGCAUUAAGUACCUCAUGUUUGUGUUCAACCUCCUCUUCUGGCUGGGAGGCUGUGGGAUCCUUGGAGUUGGCAUAUGGCUAGCAGUUACCCAAGGGAACUUCGCUACCCUCUCUUCUUCCUUCCCUUCCCUGUCAGCUGCCAAUCUGCUGAUCAUCACGGGGACUUUUGUAAUGAUCAUUGGCUUUGUGGGGUGCAUAGGAGCCAUCAAAGAAAACAAGUGCCUCCUGCUCAGUUUUUUUAUCAUGCUGUUAAUUAUAUUUGUGCUGGAGCUCACUGUCGUGAUUCUGUUCUUCGUCUACACCGACAAGAUUGAUAAGUAUGCUCAGCGGGACCUGAAGAAAGGGCUUCAUUUAUAUGGAACUGAUGGAAAUAUUGGCCUAACUAAUGCAUGGAGCAUCAUACAAACAGAUUUCAGAUGCUGUGGAGUGUCAAACUUCACCGACUGGUUUGACGUGUACAAUACCACACGGGUGCCAGAUUCAUGCUGCUUGGAAUUCAGUGAAAACUGUGGUCUUCAUUCCCCAGGGACCUGGUGGAAAGCUCCUUGUUAUGAAACAGUGAAAAUAUGGCUCCAGGAAAACCUGUUAGCUGUGGGAAUUUUUGGACUGUGUACAGCUUUGGUUCAGAUUCUUGGACUGACAUUUGCAAUGACCAUGUACUGUCAGGUUGUCAAGGCAGAUACCUACUGUGCAUAAAAAUCAUAGUCAACGUCUGUCAGCCAUGGCUCACCUCUCUACAAGACAAAAGAGGACACUUCUUCAUGCUCAUACUUUUUUUUUCUAUGUAAAAUAAACUGUGUAUAAUCUUCUCUGGAAAUUUUGUGACUCACCUUAGUUUGUCACCAUCGGAACUCAGACUUGCUUGGACAAAGGAAAAUGUUCUCUAAGUAACAAGAAAGAAAGAAAAAUUGUUCCCCUUUUGCACAGACUGGCAAGUGGGAAGAUGCUGCUGCUUUCAUUUUCCUGGAGGUUGCUGGCAAAAUAGUAGUUUUCCAGCAUAAUAGAGAAUCAAGUUGUAGCAACGCAAGUGCAGAGGAUGUGGAGGUUCCAUUUAACUGGAGUUUGUUUUUAACAACAGCCAGUGUGGCGGAUCAAGGAGCAUGCUUCUGAACUCCAGAUUUUACUGCGGAGUGAGAUGGCUUCAGGAAACUUUUCUACUUAAGGAAGUGGUUUCAGUUUGGUGGCCUCUGAAGUCAGCUCAGAUAGGAUCUACCCUGGCCUACAUUGUAGGUGGUCUGUAAGCAAAAAUUGGGUCCUGUCUUGUAGACUAAAUAACUAGUGGUACACAGAUGAUGUGUGAAAAUGUAUACAACAUAUGUAGAGUCAUACACUCUGUGCAGUUUAAAGAAAAGUAGCCUAGCAGCUGCCUAAAUAAGUAGGGAUGGGUUCUAUCCUGUUCUAUAUUCAAUGGGACCAUGCAUUCAUUCAAAAGGAAAUAAUAAUCUACUAUUUCCUGGAAAGACAUUUUGGCCAUUGGAAAACACAACAAGAAGCAAGGAGUUGUCUUUCUGUCACUGUCCUCUGGAUUUUCUUUUAAAUGUCAUUCCAUUUUCAACUCACAUUGUGUUUCUCAUUUCCAGGCUUGAAGUACAACAAAGAGCUUUAAGUGACUUAUCACUAAUAUGCCAUUUCAUUAAUUUGCUCCCUACUAAUUUCAUCUUCAACUAGGAUAGGCUUACCAGGCAUCAGAACAAUCCAUUAAUAUACACUUGUUUGAGUUGGGUUUUUUGACCUUGUACCUCUAUUAAAAGAACUAAUCAAAUUAUCUCUAGGAAGAGUAAGGACAUUUGUACAAUUUUCCUGCUAACAUAGGUAGCCCUAGUAAUGGCUUUGAUUUGCCAAAAAGGAGGUGAAACUUUACAUAGGCAUUUCCCUGUUUCUUUUGCAAGCUUCUUGUACAUCCCUAUAACCUUUUGCCUGCUAUAGUAUAGGUUAGUAGACCCAGAAUUUUGCUGCACGCCACCCCCAAUCUCUGAGCAUUGCAAGAUUCCAGGCACUGGCGCAACAGAGACUGUGGUGUCUUUAUUAUAUGGGUUAUUAACACAUAUAUGUAGCCUGAGCCUAUGAUGGAGUGGCUCACAGCAUUAACAUCCAAACAGGGUCUGUAUUUCUCCCAUAGCCACAGCUUUGGAUUCAAACAUUGCUCUCCCUUUCUCUGCAGCUUGCUGCUUCACUUCUAGGUCACAUCACUCCCACUUUUAACUCUAAACUCUGGCUUUGUCCUAACUAACAGCGAACUGAGAGAGGGGCUCCAUCUAUUUGUCAUCUUGCACACCUCUUAAUGGUUCAUCACCUAGGCGAGCACCUCAACACAGGAAGUUAGCCUGGAUCCAGGGGGUUGAAGGAUCUCGCAUACAGCCUACUUCCUUCCCCCACCCUCCCAAACUCAUAACAAUAUUCUCUCGCCUCCUUACCAGAAAACAUGCAGAUCCAGGUGCUAGUGUGGCAUGUCAGGUCCUCUCUAUGCUGGCAAACUGCAGUGUGUAACCUGUGAGCAAAAACAAGGUAAUGAUCAGUUCAGCUGGACAUUAAAAAGAACAUAUUAACAUGUGAUGCAAGCAUUUUAGUAUGUAAGCAAGCAUUAAGAUAAACACUGUGCCAGUAAAUCUGAGAGUUUGCUCCAACCCUAAUAGUUAGUUCAUACUAUGUCUGCUCUAGUCACACAACAAAGCCAGCAUGUAAACCCUACUUUUAUAAGCUUGGGAGCCAUUACACAUACAGUUACCCUUCCUGAUUUUCUCCCCCUUGAACAACUGAUGGGCGUUAACCUGCCCUUCCCAUUCUCCCCACCUUCAGAUUCAGCUGCUCCUUUGUGCUUGCCAUUCUGCCUGUUAAUAUGCAGUCCUGGAUUGGAGCAUAUAGGAAUAUGCAGAUUAAUUCCCACUAUUUAUAAAUCUGGAAAAUCUCAGCAGAUGAGUUAAGCUCAAGUGAUAUCAUAGUUUUAAUUUUUUCUUUUGAGCAACUCUUUGGCUGCAAAGAGUCACUCAGUAGAGUUAAUAAAAUAUAAAAAGCUAAAUAUGCCACUGGGUGUUAACAGUCAAGAGCUUAUGUAUCACAGGUAGGACUGGCAGAAACCCAUCUGAAUUCUGGAGUUGCCAGCAAUCAGUAGACAGUAGUGCACUAGAUGGGUCAAUGAUCUGACUCAGUAGAGGGCAACAUUUCUAUGUUCCUAAGAGUCUUGGACACCACAAAGGAUUUGGGAGGGGGGGAAGCAUGUAGUCUCUGCACCCACCCAAGAACUAUGACAUUUUGUGAAGAUCUGGAAACAUAAUGACAAUAUUGAGAUAGUAGAGCCUUCUUGCCUUGUACAUUCAAACACGCUAUUGCUGACAUCACAGCUAGGCUAUAGCACAAUUAUACAUGAACUGCAGGUGGGGGUUUAGAGGCCCAUGGUCUACAAGCUUUUGCAUCAAAGCAGAACGUAUAUCCUGGCAUAUGAGCAAAGAGCCAGAGACAAGUUGAGAAGCAGGCAGCUAUGGGAAACAAACAAAGUGUACAAUAAAAACUAGGAAGUAAAUUUCCCACCAUGCAUCCUAAUUGUUCUCGCUACCCUUCAUCCUUAAUGUAACUUUUGCGAGCUUUUAAUAAUGAUGUCCUCAAGCAACAGCAUCUCUCUCUCUCUCUCUGGCAUUUGCUUCCUUUCCUCACCUUUUUCUUACAUAUGAACAGAUUGCAACUUGGGAGUUCCCUUGCUGUUAGUUGUUGUCAUGGUUCAUUACCGCUGUUGUAUUCACAAGCAUGCCUAUUGAUAGCUUGUGGAUUUGCAGAAUAAUGGAGUGAUGGAAUACAUUAAUAAAACAUUGGUUCCAAAAAGAUUAAAGACAGAUGAAAUCUAUUUAUGGAGGUCCCCAUCAUUAAAAAUUAAAACAGCAGUCCUGGUGGCUCAGCGGAUAAAAGCACAGAAGUUGUGCUGUAGAGGUGAAUGGGACAGGAUGUUCCCACAAGAGAUCUUAAGUUAAUCCUUUUGUAGUAUUGCCUCCAAAGAGGAGGGAGCUACUAUUGCAAAAAAUAAAAUAAAAAGUUGCAUUUUGGGUGUUCUCUCUGGAUACUGCAGUUCCACUGAAUGGAUGCUGCAGUACCAGUGUGCCGCGUGGCAAUUUAGAUUAGUAGCCCUGCUGCUCUUUCCAGUGAAUCAUUGCCAUCUAUCACAGAAAUGCAGGGAUUGUCUUUUCUCUACCAGCAACAAUAUCCAUAGGGCCGUGCUACGUUUAAGCAGCAGCGAUCUGUCAGCAAAGCUCAUUAUAUUGUCCAGAGUAGAUUCCGAUGCCCUCUCGUAUAAGGCUUAAAGGGGUCCUCUGCUAGGCCUUAUGAAAUGGAUAGAGAAGUCAGAGUUACAAAUGCGCAUAUCCUUGUCAUAUUGUGCAACCAAUGGACUUGUUUCCAAGCUGCUGCUGAGAUAUGUUCCGGAGCAUGCAAACCCAUGCAGUGCAUUUCACUUUAAAACCAAAGGAACUAAAACUGACCAGUUGAAGGUUGAGCCCGGUUGUGAAAUCAUCUGCUUAGAAGCAGCUCUCUGGACACAACACUGCCAACCUUGGUGCUAAGGCAAACAGCGGCUGCAUGUAAUGCCAGAAACAAUGCAGUUCGAGGGGAAAGGAGUUCAUCCAACACCAGCCAACAAAGGGAGGAAUCUGCAGCUAACCUACAGCUUACACAUCCUGCAACCAACUCUUGCCACAAUCUCUCACCCACUGUGUUCUAUUAGCCAGUCACUCUAGCCCUCCAUUUUUCUGAGAUGAGGAAAAGGAGCUCACUUCUGACUAAGCCACUCCCUUGCUGAUGAAUCCACAAUAAGCAACACCCACAAAAGAUUUUUUUAACAACUUUCCCUGUGCACAUGCCCCACACUAGUUUGUUAGCCAGGCACGCAUUCAGAGCAGCAUGCGAGAAGCCAGUGCCGCUGUUUUUUUAUGUCAUGAUAAGCACAGGGCUUUUAAUUGUACAACAUGACCAAAGCCAUUUAGGGUUCAGGUGUUGAGCCUGCCCCUAAAUAUAUAGGUUUGGGUCCUUGGUGCUUUGUUUCUUGUUUACGGCCCAAGGGCUUAUUGUGAUCCUAUCAAAGUCAAUGCAAAUUAGGAUGUGGGUUUACAUUUCUGUCUACCAUUUGUUGGGACUGUGUUGUCUUGUGUCUACUAUGAAUAUACCUGAUGCAGUGUGUGCUUUAAAUAUACUGUAAAAAUAACUAUUGAUAGCUGCCCAGUUUUGUUAACUGUCUGGGGGGGGGGGUUAAGAUGGAAUACUGAGCUCCCUACCACACAGAAUUAAUGAUCGAUUACUGAUCUAUAAAUAGAUCUAUGACACUUAUUUCAUCUUUUCUUUUAAUUGUACCGCUGUUCGGCCACAGCAACAAAAGUGAAUUUGCCGUACAUGCUAUGGAUGGAUACGCACCUUAUAAAUAAGAAGAGGCUUCUUAGGAAGAUAGUGCAAUGUUGUCUCAGAGGUUCUCGGGCAGAGGCCUGUUGCGGUUAAAGCUUUCUGUAUAUAACGGGACAGGAUUCUGCAGGUGAAAAAAGUACUGCUGUCACCUUUGGUUCACAAGGUUGUGCUCUAACUAUGGCACAAAAAGGAAGGGGAGGGGCUUACUCCCAAGUAAUGGCAGAGGAGUAGCCUUAAACCAGGCACCCCCAAACUUUGGCCCUCCAGAUGUUUUGGACUACAAUUCCCAUCUUCCCUGAUCACUGGUCUUGUUAGCUAGGGAUCAUGGGAGUUGUAGGCCAAAACAUCUGGAGGGUCGCAGUUUGGGGAUGCCUGCCUUGGACACUUGAAGGCCAUUUUGCAAAUCAAGUGGGGCAGAGCCGAGUGUGAAACUUAAGUGUACACCGGCAAAAUGUCUAGGCUAGAUGCCAAACAAUGGCACGUGCAGUUUCCCCCACCUUAAAAAAGAAAGAAUAGCAGAGAAACAGGGGUAGAGGAGGGAAAGGAUCUGUUAACCCUUUCCUAUCCAGUCAUUUUGUUUCUCUCAAAAUUGCCGUUCCUCACCUGUUCUUUGUCUCACAGACAAUACUAUGGAUUUACUAUUAUGGAAAGAAAAGCACCUUGAAGAGUCAAGACCAAGCAGAAAAAAGCUGCUUGAGGAAUACCUCCUCCUCCCAGCUAUUCUUCCAUUCAAACUCAUAGUCUCUUGAGGCUCUUUUGCUUUUUAAAAAAGGGGGGUGGGGAGACAGGCAAAAGAUGCAUGUGACUCCCAGUCUCAUCCGGUUUAGCCCAGAGAAUUACAGCAACCUUGUUUUUGCAUUUUUAGA